UUUAUGUUCUGUCAUUCCACAAUAAAAUUUUGUUCAAUAAUCAUCGUGAGUGCUAACAAUUCGAAUCGAGAAGAAUUUUUGUUAGAAUACCAUUCUGAAAAACUUCUACUGUUGACUAUCUGGAAUAACAUGUCUAACAACGAAGAACAGAUUAAAAAGUUUGCCGAUGUAACGGGAGUUUCCGAAGAUCGUGCGAAAUUUUAUUUGGACGCUGCAAACGGAGAGCUGCAAGUUGCCUUGUCCAGUUUUUAUGAAGCUGACAACGAGGAUAACCCGACAGAUGGUGCAGCUGCUCCCAUGGAUGAUGACUCGGACGACGAUAAUAUGCCGACGGAGAUGGUCCAAUUUUCCAGCUCGAGUAAACGGCCCAGAGCAAAGAAAACUACCAAAUCAAAUUUUGCUACCCUGUCAUCACUUAAUGAUUCAUCAUCGGAAGAUGAGGAGGAGCAGGGACAAGCCUUCUAUGCUGGUGGCUCAGAACGCUCCGGACAGCAAGUGCUGGGUCCCCCAAAAAAGAAUCCUAUUAAAGACUAUGUUUCAGAAAUAUUCCGUUCGGCUCAACAAGGGCAAAUGGAAACCGUCGAUCCUGAUACCAGUUCUAGCUCGAGUUCGUCACUAUACGGCGGAACUGGCUACAAACUAGGACAAACUGAGAAUGACCAUCAGGCCGUUCCUGGUAGAAGUCGCAACAGCUCUGGGCAUAAUCAUGAAGUUGUAACAUUGACUUUGUGGAGACAGGGAUUCUCAAUUAACGAUGGAGAGCUGCGUCGUUAUGAGGAUGCGGCAAACAAAGCGUUUUUCGAGUCAAUUAUGCGAGGUGAAAUUCCUGCUGAGCUACGUUCCAAGGGACCAGCGAUGAUACACUUAGAUCUGAAGGAUAACCGUCACGAGGAUUAUUCAGCACGCUCUACUCCAUUCAAACCAUUUGGUGGAAGUGGCCAAACGUUGGGUAGUCCGGUACCAAAUGUAGUUGAAAGCGGAAGUACAAGUGCAACACCAACGAAUAACGAAGAUAAUGAAAAGAAAGCUGUUUCAGAGUUGGCCGUUGAUGAAAGCCAACCGACGACGACAUUGCAGAUCAGACUUGCAGACGGAUCGCGAUUGUCUGCCCGGUUCAAUCAAAAUCACACUGUUGAUAACAUUCGACAAUAUGUCAUACGUGCUCGGCCGAACUAUGCGUCCCUCGGUUUCGCCCUGUUGACAACCUUCCCCAGCAAGGAAUUAGCGGAUGGUUCGCAAACACUGAAGGAAGCGGGAUUACUGAACGCAGCUAUAAUGCAGCGGUUGAAGUAGUUUUUUUAAGGAAUAUGAUUCACACGUCAGGUAAACUAACACCAGUUUUGUCGUGAGGAACCAAACGUAGCAUAUUUAAGUGGAUUUGCCGUUAUUGUAAUAUCUUUCUCAGACGGGAGGACAUUUAUCGACAUAUAUCUGAAAUCUGAAUAAAAAUCAUUUCCAUAUUUAACAGCAUAA